AUGACCCAGGUAGAAACUUUCGAAGCGCCAGGUUUUUACUUACCCCAUCACGCGGUCGAGAAACCCUCCAGCACGACUACAAAGGUUCGAGUAGUAUUCGACGGUUCCGCCAAAACGAGUAGCAACCUUUCUUUAAACGACGUACUAAUGAGAGGUCCCACUAUCCAAGAUGAUUUGUUUUCACUGCUUCUGCGUUUUCGCAUGUAUGCAUACGUCAUGACGGGAGAUAUCGAGAAGAUGUACAGACAAUUCUUCGUUCGACCAGAGGAUCGCGCUUAUCAACGCAUUUUAUGGAGAGACGCCCAUGGACGUAUAGCUACGUAUGAGCUAAAUACCGUUACGUUCGGACUCGCAUCUGCUCCGUACCUCGCCAUAAGGUGCGUUCAUCAACUCGCGGACGAUGAACAAUCCAAUUUUCCGAUUGCGGCGACAAUCGUCAAACGAGAUUUAUACGUCGAUGAUCUCCUUACCGGGGCCGAUAACUUUAAAGAAGCGCAACGAAUACAAACGCAAGUUUGUCAAUUGUUCUGUAAAGGAGGAUUGAAUAUUCGACAGUGGGCUUCAAACGAAACCGCUCUCCUCAGGGGUCUCAGUGAAGAUCAGAUACAUCCGAAGAUCUUAGGUGAAACUGCCACGAUGAAAACGUUAGGUAUUUCCUGGGACGCACGACGCGACACAAUUCAAUACACUGUAGAAUUACCAACAAAUAGUAAGAUCAGCAAACGCACAAUUCUCUCAACAAUUGCAAAGAUUUUCGAUCCUUUGGGUUUAUUAGGACCAGUUACUAUUUUGGCUAAAACAUUGAUGCAACGUCUUUGGCAAUUAAAAAUAGAUUGGGACGAGUCUUUGCCUGCCAGCAUCCACACAGAAUGGGUCACGUACGCCAAUCAAUUGCAAAAACUUAGCGACAUGAUGUUUCAACGGUACACAGCUUCAAGGAAAUACCAAAGAAUUGAACUUCACGGAUUCUGCGACUCUAGCGAACGAGCUUACGGAGCCUGUUUAUACAUCCGCACGAUAGAUAGUUUUGGUCAUAUCAAAAUACAUCUCCUUUGUGCGAAAUCUCGGGUCGCGCCUUUGAAGACAACAACUAUCGCUCGUUUGGAAUUGUGCGGAGCUGUACUUUUGGCUUCACUUUAUUCCACAGUUCAAAAGGCCAUCGUCCACGACAUUCACGAAACAUAUCUGUGGACCGAUUCGACCAUUGUCCUCAAUUGGAUUAACAAACAACCUAGUCUGUUGAAAACAUUCGUCGCCAAUCGUGUGGCUGACAUACAGGGAAAGACUGAUCUAACGACCUGGCGCCAUAUCAAAUCAAAAGACAACCCAGCUGAUCUUAUCUCCCGAGGUUUAAUGCCUACACAGUUCCUUCACAACCCAUUGUGGCUUCACGGUCCAGAAUGGUUGACUAAGGCGGCAGUAAAAUGGCCCGAAUCGACGUUUCAAGGCUCUAAUGAUUUACCGGAAAUGAAAAAGAUGACCUGUCUUGUCACAUCAGUCGUGCAGUCGGACGAACUAUUUAAUCGGUACUCCUGCCUACAAAGGCUGAUUCGUAUCGUAGCAUAUUGUUUGCGAUUUCGUUUAAAUGGUCGCGGCACGGGUCAUUUAACUAUCGAGGAGCUUCGACAGGCGCGUCAUAAAAUUAUCAAGUUGGUGCAAUUAGCCGCAUUCGCCCCGGACAUUAAAAAUCUCGAAGCAGGAAAUCUCCAUUCAAAGAGCAAACUUCGCCCGCUCCAUCCUUUCCUUGACCAUGAAGGAAUUCUUCGCGUUGGAGGAAGAUUACAAAAUUCCACAUUACCGUUCGCACAGAAACAUCCCAUUCUUUUGCCUAAAGGGAACCACGUGACGGAUCUGAUCGUUCGCGAGGCCCACGUCCAAACCCUUCAUGCUGGCGUAACGACAACCCUCUAUACCCAUAGCAAAGUUAAAUACGUGGAACAAAGAUUAGAAUGA